AUGAGAGUUCCGCAAUGUCACAUCCACUUGGUCUUUUUACUGGCCUACUUAACCAGAUGCCAGGCUUACUCGUUGGAGGAGAAGUGCCGACUCUUGGCUGGAAAGGACUAUAUAGGAGAUCCCAGCGACUGCCAGGGCUGGGCUUAUUGCCAGGACAACAGGCUCAUCCAUCGAAGUAGCUGCACGGAGGGCAAGCUGUACAAUUUCAGAGAUGGAACCUGCAAGAAUGCCAUGGAGACAAAGUGUUAUUCCAACCUGGAUGAGAUCUGUUCCACCCUGCAGCCGGGUGACUAUGCUGCCGAUCCGGCCAAUUGCCAGCGAUUCGUCAGCUGUGAGGCCAGAGAGUAUGCCUCCGGUGGUGACUGUGGCGAGGAUCAGGUGUUCAGCAACAAGCUGCAAACCUGUGUGGCAGAGGUCGCCGGCUGCCCGCAGAACAACAUCUGCUCCCACAUGAAAGACGGCUUGCUUAUGGCGGAUCCCCAGACCUGCAACAAGUACUACAAAUGUCACAAUGGUUUUGCCACCGCGUUGAAUUGCUCCGCUGGUCGGUACUUCAACAGAAUCACAGGUCACUGCCAGUCCUGGUUGCCGGAACACUGCUCCAAGGAUGACGAAACGGUGCCUAUUACGCCGCCUUCCAAGGAUUCACAUAUCUGCUCCAAGUACUAUCAGGCGGAUAGAUCUGGAGAGCAGCGCUUUUCGGAUCUUAUGACCUGCUUUGGUUACUACACCUGCACCUCUCAGUUCGACGUGGGCGAGUGGAACAGCUGUCCCUGGGGCACUCACUUUCUGUGGUGGAGCGAAAGCUGCGGUUCGCCAGAGGGCAUUAGCUGCUCCUACAAUCGCUGUGGGAACAUGAACCGGCUGAUGGUGGCCACCAUUAACACGGGCUGCCGGGAGUACACCGUCUGCCGGGAUUAUCGCUCCACGAAAUCGGAAAAGUGCCCCGAGGAUUAUCCGUACUUUGACGAGCUUACUGGUCAGUGUAGCCGGAAAUUUCCCAAUCACAGGGUGUGCUAUAUGGAUGGUUGA